UAUUGUUCCUUAAUCCUCAUACAUUCAAACACAACACAAAAUAGAAAAUUAAACAUGCAAAAAAGAAAGGCAGGGAGGAAGAAAUUCCAAGAGACAAGGCACCCUAUUUACAAAGGUGUGAGGCAAAGGAAUGGAAAAUGGGUUUGUGAGCUUAGACAACCAAACAACAAAACUAGGGUUUGGCUUGGAACUUUUUCUCACCCUCAAAUGGCGGCUAUAGCCCAUGAUGUCGCUGCCUUGGCCUUCCGGGGUGACAAUGCUUCCCUAAACUUUCCUCAGUCGGCCGCCUCGCUGCCUCGACUCAAUGCUGAAACCACUUCUCUCAAAAGCAUCCAGAUAACUGCGACGCAGGUCGCGAACAAUCACUUUGUUGAAGGCACAGAAGAGAUCAUGAGUAUCCGUGGAAGUAAUGAUGGUUCUUCUCAUGAGGAGGAGUUGUCUUCGGAUAGUAGUUUUGGAGAAGAUUCUAGAAGCUUCUAUUGGGAUGAAGAGGAAGUGUUUAACAUGCCAGGGUUGAUGAAUAGCUUGGCUGAAGCCUUGAUUAUAACUCCACCGGCUUUGGAAAGAGGCUUCAAUUGGGUUGGUGUAGAAACUACUAUAGAUUUGACUCUAUGGGGUGAUUAAUAAUCCUAAAGUGAAAAUUCAGGUGCAGUGGACUUCACAUGAAGUUGAUAGGUAAGAGUCAUUAAAUGAUUUGAUUGAUUUGACUAAA